AUCAAAAGUGAGGUGCGUGGGGAAAAUAUAGGGGGACGCCACACAUGAAUGCGCGUCAAAGGAGAUAUGUUGAGCCAGUCUAGAGGGAGUAUUUCUGGCAUUAAAGGCAGCAUCCGCGCCUCUGAUAGCGGCAUCAAUCCAGCAGCACUGACUGGCGGAAUACUGAUGGUCUUGUUCUGAAUGAGGGAGGAAGCCAGUCCGGUGUGGGUGUGAGGCUGUCAUCACACUGCAACAUAGGAAAAAAUACUUCCCAUCACUGCCCACUGUUUAGUGUCUACCUCCGAAUUUGAGCAUGCAUAUGAUUUAUAUGAGAGUGCACAAAUGCAUUGCGUAUUUUAAGUUGGAGUUUGGUGGAUGUAAACUUAUUCUUAGCCUGGUGAUUUGUGGUCAGUAUUGCCCAUCAUCUUAAACGCGCAAUUUGAGUUUGUGAAGAGCGCGCGACGAGGAUCAUCACCAGGUGGAUAUUCGUUCACUCUUGUGAGAUGUCAGUGAAUUGGCCGUGCUGGGGAGUCUGAGAUCGUAUAGCGCAAGAGCGCAGAGAGAGGGGAGUCUAUGAUUGCUGUGGGGGAAAAGUGACAGGUGUAGAUUCUCGAACAAACGGCUCUCGAGAUGCGAUGAGAAGUCGGGACACGAAACCUUUGGAACUAUAAGAAUACUAUAGCGAAUGCUGUGAAACAUCCUCCUAAAUGUAGCAUUUGAUUGAACAGUCACAGAUCAAGGAAGGAUGUUUUCGUGGUGAACAAGGCUUUAACGGACCUAUGUGGUCUUUAUAGGCUGCUUCUAUAAGGAGACCUGCUUGAUUUCCCCCCUGACGCGCCGUAGUUCCUACAUCAAACAUACAGUAGCCUAUGAAAAUCGAUGGAGGAAUCUAUCAGAAGACAAAGAUAAGCCUGACGACUUUAUCAUUCUUCGCCCCAUCCACCUGACGAAUUCAUAUGCUAGCAUCUCCGAGACCUAAUCCAACGACAAUCAAUACGGAGGCAAAGAUCAAUAAGAAAAUUGAAAUCCGCACUGGGUUGUGAGUUUAAAUCUGAUCAGAUUCCUGGGGGGUUGCAGAGUAGCAAGGGGAAGAGGGAGAAAAAAGUUCCAGCUAAAAGUGUGACACCGGAAUGACAACCAUCAAACACUUCAUGUUUGCUCAGUAUGUGGAUGAUGUUCAGCCAUAGAUUAUGACGAAGUUUCAGGAUGUUAUCAAUCUGCGGGUCCACGGCUGCGUGAGACGGUGUCUAUAGUAGUCUGGCUCUGAAGAGGUUGGUUGUUUGUUUUAUUGAAAAUGAAAACGUGAAGGCUGGAUCUGGGAAGAGUUCGGAUUUCUCCUAAAUUCCUCACUGAUAAACGAAAUGGCACCAGAUAGUGACACAUAGCAUUUAGCCUUGUUAACCGCACAGCGGGUAUCGCUCUCCAUUUAACCAUUCGUUUCAACGGUGGCACUUGUGGGUGCCUUCGUAAAUUUGCGUCUUGAAAAAUAUGAAUGGGGGAUGGAUAAAUUGACUCUAUCUUCAUUGUGCAUAAUAAUUGAUGGAUUAAAUGGUACAUCGUUUACAAUGUGGGGACCGGAUAAACUGUGUGAAAGUAUCACCACGGAGUCUGGCAAAUUGCUUGAGAAUUGCGGAUGUAGCCUAUUUUCGAUGCAGUUUUCGAGGGCAAGGAGCUGAAGAGGGAACUGUCCUUGUUUGAAUCAGAUCUCCUGCCAACAUCAGCAUCUUUGGUGACAAGGUGAGCCAGCUGCCGAAAACGAGCAAACGUGAGGAUGUGGAGAAACCAGAGGGACUGCGAAUGAGUUGGCAGCCUGCCCCAACACCGCCUCUUCCCAAAGAGUGGAUGACCCAGCCAAUGAAUUAUGAAUGUUGAACAAGAUGACCUCUUCUCGGCAGCAGCAGACGAUGAGAGGUCCUAGGUGGAACCGGGCCCUGUCCGACCCUUUGUUCGUGCUGCUCCUGGCCCUCCAGCUCCUGGCGGUGGCGGGCCUGGUGCGUGCUCAGACCUGCCCCUCUGUCUGCUCCUGCAGCAACCAAUUCAGCAAGGUGAUCUGCACCCGGCGGGGUCUCCGUGAGGUCCCCGACGGAAUCUCCACCAACACACGCUACCUGAACCUGCAGGAGAACCUCAUCCAGGUGAUCAAGGUGGACAGCUUCAAGCACCUGCGGCACCUGGAGAUCCUGCAGCUCAGCAAGAACCACAUCCGAAACAUUGAGAUUGGGGCCUUCAACGGCCUGGCCAGUCUCAACACCCUGGAGCUGUUUGACAACCGCCUCACCACAAUCCCCAAUGGGGCCUUCGAGUACCUCUCGAAGCUCAAGGAGCUAUGGCUGAGGAACAACCCCAUCGAGAGCAUUCCCUCGUAUGCGUUCAACAGGGUGCCCUCGCUACGGAGGUUGGAUUUAGGGGAACUCAAACGCCUCUCGUAUAUUUCCGACGGGGCUUUUGAAGGCCUCGGCAACUUGCGCUACCUGAACCUGGGCAUGUGCAAUCUGAAGGAGAUCCCCAACCUCAUCUCGCUGGUCAAGCUGGACGAGCUGGAGAUGUCAGGGAACCAGCUGACGGUCAUCAGACCUGGCUCCUUCAAAGGGCUGAUCCACUUGCAGAAGCUGUGGAUGAUGCAUGCCCAGAUCCAGACCAUUGAGAGGAACUCCUUUGACGACCUGCAGUCGCUGGUGGAGCUCAACUUGGCCCACAACAACCUGACCCUGCUGCCCCACGACCUCUUCACCCCCCUGCACCACCUGGAGAGAGUCCACAUCCAUCACAACCCCUGGAACUGCAACUGUGACAUCCUGUGGCUCAGCUGGUGGCUCAAAGAGAUGGUGCCGGCCAACACCAGCUGCUGCGCACGCUGCAGUUCCCCAGCCAGCCACAAGGGACGCUACAUAGGUGAGCUGGACCAGAACUAUUUCCACUGUUACGCACCGGUGAUUGUGGAGCCGCCAGUGGACCUGAACGUGACAGAGGGCAUGGCAGCAGAGCUGAAGUGCAGGGCCAGCUCUCUGACCUCAGUCAGUUGGAUUACGCCCAAUGGCUCCAUCAUGACCCACGGUGCGUACAAGAUCCGCAUUUCUGUGCUCAACGACGGCACGCUAAACUUCACCAACGUUACCAUGCAGGACACGGGCACCUACACCUGCAUGGUGAGCAACUCAGCGGGCAAUACCACAGCAUCUGCCACUCUCAACGUGUCGUCCACAGAGAAUGUCCUCAGCUACUUUACCACAGUAACAGUGGAGACCAUCGAGCCCGUGCACGACGAGGGGCGCUCCACCGUGUGGCAGAAGGUGGGCCCCACCACCUCCGCCGGCUCCUGGGAGACUGUGACGUCCACCUCCACCACCACCACAACGGCCCGGACGCCCCUCUCCACCCGGGCCACAGAGAAGACCUUUACCAUCCCUGUCACGGACCUGAACGACAGCUCCAUGACCGGCCUGGAUGAGGUAAUGAAGACCACCAAGAUCAUCAUCGGCUGCUUCGUGGCCAUCACCCUCAUGGCCGCCGUCAUGCUCAUCAUUUUCUACAAGAUGAGGAAGCAGCACCACCAGCAGAACCACCAUGCGCCACAGCGCACCAUCGAGAUAAUCAACGUAGACGAGGACUGUGUGACGGGCGGGCCGGCCAUGGAGGGCCACAUGACUCUGCCCCCGCUGGAGCAUGAGCACCUCAACCAUUACAAUGCCUAUAAGUCUGCGUACAACCACGUCUCCACCAUCAACUCCAUACACAGCUCAGUGCACGAACCUUUGUUAAUCCGGGCCAGUUCGAAAGACAAUGUACAAGAGACCCAGAUCUAAAAAAUAAAUAAAUAAAAAAUCAUAAUGAGACGAACUGAUGAAAUUAUAAAAAGGGACAUUAAUGGAUAUUAGUUAUGAGGACUAUGGAUGGGAAGUGGAGGACCAGCGAAUCAUUGGUUGAUGAUGUUCAUUCAAUGACAUUGGGAACUAGGGUAUGUCUACUGUUUCAAAAAGUGUCUUUACAAAACAGAAGUUAUUUAUUUAAGAAAAAAUCUAUUGUGGCUAAAUCAAGAAAAAACUGCAUUCUGCAAUUCUUUUUUCAGAACUUAUUUCAUCAGAAGUUUAGUUUUUCUUCACUUGAAGGAGGGUGGUUUACUAAUAUGCUUACAAACUCUAUGUGAAUCUCAUGCUAACCAUACAUGUUCUGGUUUCCCCAAAUCUGUAAGUGAUGGCAACCUCUUUUUACCCCACAUACUUAGAUAAUUUCUAGAUCACGUCAGAGAUUUCUUCCUGCAACAAAUUAAUUGAUUAAAUAUUUUGUGACCAUCUGUUAAUUUAGAUGGAUUAAAAGCUUGGUCGUUAUCUGAGGGUGAAUGCUGGGACUGUCAGCAAAGGAAUCUGAUAAUAACACAAUAUUUCUUUAAAUCUGCCACUGAAAUGUAUUAGACACAGAUGUACACUUGGCUCUGCCAUCGAUAGAUUGGGGACGUUAAACGAGGGAAGUGUGUUCCAAACUAAACCACAGCCAACAGGCGAAUCAUAGUUGUCUCACCGUGUUUAUUACGCCAGAAAAUCACACGUUUCACACAGUGUUUGUCUCAUUUACACGUUGUGUAUUCAUACCAUUUGUGAUUCCUUCUCUAUUCCACUUGCUCUGAUACAUCAUAACUUUGUGAGUAAUGGAAAUCGCAUUGGCAAAUACAGUCAGGCAUAUGAGAGCUCCCCGAAUGUCAUACCCCCUUUCCCCAUCCCACACCAGCUGUUAUGAUGGUGUACCAUAUCAUCACAGAUAUGGGUGCUGUCCCAGAUCAUCUUAUCUGCAGUCUCAUUGCAAAUCUCCAAAAAUUGCUAUAUGAUAUUAACGUGGUUCCUGACACAUUAAUCACUUUCCCAGGUGUUAAGAGAUAUACCAAUUUGUGUUACUUGAUUGCAAAAAAAGAGCCCUGGUACACCACCAAGGAUACUGAUGACACUCCUGUAUGAACUCUCUAUGACCCCUGACUUCAACCAGUGCAGCAAGGACAGACUGGUGAGUGGGAACGGGGGCUAAGGACACCGAACCCAGCUGUCCCAGCACAUUGCAUGUCGUCUGUUGUCUGUUCCCACAUUGGGCACACAGGCCCAGAUUCACACCAUGCCCAGAGGCCCAGAGUACAGAGUGCUAGGGUUUAUGCAGAGAGAGAGAGACUUUAGGGAUGAGGUAUGUUGCUCUGAGCAGAUGUUCAGGUCACACCUGCAUCCCUCUGCCUCGGCCAUUAAUUAUGUGAACUGUUUUUUUUUUUCUUCUGCUUUUCCUUUUUGUUCUCCACUCCCUCCAUAAUGUCAAACAUCUAAGAAAGGUUAUGCAACAGCCCUUUUUCCUUUUCAGGUCCAUUUUGUUUCUGAGAAAUAAAUGAUUGUGUUCUAUUUGAAAUUCUCCAGAUGAAUGAGGGUACACUCUUCUCAUUGUUCCCCAUCCAGAUGUCAUCAAGUUAUUUUCUGGGAGGAAGCACUAUUAAGGAUAUGAUGUCAAAUACAGUAGUGGGCUUAUUCAGUCACCAUGGAAACCAUGACCUUAAGCAGAAAGGCAUGCGCUAACAGAGUUCCAAUUGCCUAGCUAGAUGCUUUAACAUUAUUCAGAGUCAAAUGAAAAUGGAAUGUCCAUGGAUAGAGUUAAUGGAAAUGCACCUCAACUAUGAAACAAUAUUCUUACAGUGAUGUAGUAGCAUUUCAUCCCCUUGCACUUGACCAGUGUUUAGUAUUAAACAGUAGGGUAUGGAGAUUGUCACAGAUUAUAAUGAUAUGUAGCGACACCCCUGUUACUUUUCCACUUAAACCCUGACAGUAAAGGAUGCAGAAUCGGAGAAUAGACAAGUGCGGCAAUCAGUAUUAAAAGUCACUUCUUCAGUAUACUUGGACAGAAAGACUAAAUCCUCAAAGAUUAAUGAAUAACUUAUUUUAAUGUCAUGUGGCAUUUAAUGACCUAAUUAAUAAUUCAGGAAUCUCCAUCUCACAUGAGCUUCUUCAACCCAGUUUUAGUCAACAUGAAGCAAACAUGUUCAUCAGUGUGGCAUCCCUGCCAAUACAAUAUCUAGUCAUGGUGAAAUAUGUUUACAUGGAGUUUAGCACAGUCGUAAACCAUCUCUGUUGUGUUAGUCAUUGACUAUGUGUUUGCGGUGAUCAUGGUGGGGUCUGGAUCAAAAAAAUUUGAAGUAAGAGAGUUUGUCAAUCAUCCUUUCUCUUUCCAUUGGUUGGUAAAUCAUUUGGAGACUUUUAUGUUGCAUUUAUUGCAAUUUAGUCAAUCCAUCUCAUCCUUAUGUACUGUAUCUCAAUAUUUUGGGUAGAAGGGACAAGAUGCUUUUAUUUCCACAUUAUUUUAUCUGAGAGGGAAUGCUGUUCUAGUGGUAGAUUUCUAUAAAAAUACAUUUUUUUUAAAAACAACCCCCCAAAAAAACGUUUUAAAUUUAACUUUUACAUGUGCCAACAACCUGUUUAUUAAAGUGAAAAAUAGAAACAUGCUGUAAGAUAAUAAGACAUUGAUUUUCAUGUAAUCAUCCUUUCAUGACCUUAAAAAAAUAUAUGAAGAUCGAUUAUAGAAACCAGGAGUUUGGAGUUCAUACACAAAAAUAAGUUACAAAUAAAGUAUUGUUGUUUUUUUUGUAUGGUCUGGUUCUUAUUUACAACCUUUUUUCCAUACUAGCAUUUUAGUUUUUUUUCCAUCGUUUUUUUCUCUAUAGUAGUAUUGUUGUUUUUUUCCAUAGUUUUUUCUUCAUAGUAGUGACGAAACACAACACAUACCACCCAAAAGUGUUUUCUGUGCAAGGAAGGUCAUCCGUUGAUGUUACACUAUAAGGAAGUGAAUCUGACAGCUGGGUACGGAGGGAUAAUUGCCUUUCCUCCUACUAUUCAUUGCAUAUAGGAUCACAGUCUCAGCCUAUAAUUAAGGAGAUUGCCAGCAGGUUACAACAAUGACUAAUGUUCUUGUAAAUGGUUGAUUAUCUACAGUGGGAAAGAUGAUCAAAUUACCACAAGCUCUUGUCCUUGAUGGUUGAAUCGUUGUACAAUCUGAUGAGGAACAGGAAAAUGUAACAAGGUAAAAAAGAUACAAGGUGCUAACAAAAUGCCUCUCAAAUGAAAGACUUGUUACUUUAAUAAUUAACUCUUAUUUAGCAACCAUCAUUGAAAACAUUGUUACCAUCCCCCUAAAACCCCACACCAUCAGCAGCUAGUGAGCACAUGUCCUUACACUACCCUCCUGAGAGGAGAGAAGGUCUGGAUUUCCAACCGCUCUUGACUUUUUCACACCAAGGUUUAUGAGAUUAGGAUUAAAUUAAUCUCAAAAUCUGAUUGUAAUUCCAGAUAAUCUAGACGAGUAAUUUUAGCACGUUACAUAACUGGGGAUUCAGAUGCUUCGGGGGAGGAGAAGAAGCAUUAGCAAUGAAAGUCAAUGUAUUUCAAAAUGUUCUGCAACUUGGAUGGAUUUUUGUGUGUGUGUUUGUUUCUGUAAUAACAGGGUGUACAA